AUGGUUGGAACUCUAGUCCUCACUCGUCAUGGUCAGUCGGAAUGGAACAAGAUGAACUUGUUCACUGGUUGGAAGGACCCGGCCCUCACGGAGCAGGGCGAGGCUGAGGCGCUCAAGGGUGCUGAGGAGCUGAAGAAGAACGGCUACCGCGCCCAGAAGACGCUGGCUAUCCAGCUGAAGGUGAUCGGUCAGGAGGGUAUUCCUGUGGCGAAGGACCAGGCUCUGAACGAGCGUGACUACGGUGAGCUUACUGGCCUGAACAAGGACGAUGCCCGCAAGAAGUGGGGUGAGGAGCAGGUUCACAUUUGGCGCCGCUCGUUUGACGUGCCGCCGCCCGGUGGUGAGUCUCUGAAGCUGACAGCCGACCGUGUGCUGCCCUACUUCAAGGAGCACAUUCUGCCGGCCGUGAAGUCAGGCAAGUCGAUCCUUGUGACGGCGCACGGUAACUCGCUGCGUGCUCUUAUCAUGGAGCUCGAGCACAUGUCGGGCGAUGAGAUCGUCAAGACGGAGCUCGCUACCGGUGUCCCGAUCGUCUACAAGAUCGAUGAGAACGGCGCUGUGGUUGACAAGAAAAUUCUUGCAUAG